AUGGAAGAAAAUACUGAAUCAACAAUUUCAGUAUCCGACACAACAACAGCAUCAUCAAUUGUUCAUUUAUUUUUAAAUGAAACAAAUAAACAAGAUGUUGAUGGUUUACUUAAUAUUCAAAGUUCAUUACUUGAACAAUUAGACAAAUCAAAUGAAAUCUUAGAUGGAAUUAAUAAAAUAUCAGCUAAACGCUAUAUAGAUGCUACAAGAGAAUUUACAAAUCAUACACAACUUUUAACUACAAUAAAAACAGAUCUUGAUACAAUUUUUAAACGAAUUAAAUUACUUAAAAUGCGAUUAAAUAAAAAGUAUCCUGAAGCUUAUUCAUCAGGUAAUAGAAAAUUCGAUAAUCAUAUAAAUCCGAAUAAAACAAUAUUUCUAUUUGCAGUUAUUCAAAUGUCUAGUAAUCGACAUGAUUCCCUUGAUGAUGAAGAAGAUGAUGAUAUAGUUCCAUCAAUGAAACCUAUUAAUAAUCCAUCAACACUUGUUAAAUCUAAAACCAUUGAUUAUACUCAAUUAACAUCAUCCAUGCGUGAAACUUAUAGUUUAGCUCAAAUAAGUAAUACUAAUAAUGAACAAUCAACAAAUUCAUUUGAUAGUGUACGACGAUUUGCACAAGAUAGAUCAUCAUCAGGUGGACAAGAAUUAACAACAUUUUUUAAAAAUGCUCGCGAUGAAUUAAGAAAAAUUAAUGAAGGAAUUUUUGGUAGUAGUAGUAAUAAUCAAAAACAAUCGACAUCUCAUGAAGAAUAA